AUGCCCAGCAUCGGCAGCAUUGUCUACUACGGCACCCACCUCGGGGAGCUGAGAAACAUCAUCCAAUGGAAGCUCUGGCACGAUGCCGUCCACGAGCGCGACGAGUCCAAGGAGAGCCCUGAGCUGAAGGAGUGCUUCAAGUACCUCAAGAUGACCAGCCGCAGUUUUGCUGCCGUUAUCCAGGAACUCCACCCCGAACUCCUUGUCCCCGUCUGUCUCUUCUACCUGAUCCUGCGCGGUCUCGACACGAUUGAGGACGACAUGACCAUUCCCUUCGAGACCAAGGAGCCCCUGCUCCGCGACUUCCAUAACAUCCUCGAGCAAGACGGCUGGAACUUUACCGACAAUGGACCUAAUGAGAAGGAUCGCGAGCUCUGUGUCCACUUCGACGUCGUUGUUGCUGAGUACAAGAAGAUCAAGCCCGAGUACAAGGUCAUCAUCAAGGACAUUACCGAUCGCAUGGGCAACGGCAUGGCCGACUAUGCAAAGAUGGCCGAUGAGGGCGGUGCUCAGAAGGUCGAGACGGUCAAGGAGUACUACAAGUACUGCCAUUACGUUGCCGGUCUGGUCGGCGAGGGUCUGACACGUCUGUUCGUCGAGGCCAAGUUGGCCAACCCUGCCCUCCUGGAGCGCGAGGACCUUCACGAAUCCAUGGGUCAGUUCCUGCAGCAAACAAACAUUAUUCGUGAUAUUCGCGAGGAUCACGAGGACAAGCGCUACUUCUGGCCCCGCGAGGUGUGGUCCAAGCACGUGGACCAGUUCGAAGACCUCUUCCUGCCCGAGAACAAGGACAAGGCGCUGGCCUGUAGUUCCGAGAUGGUGCUGCUGGCUCUGCGACGUGCCGACGACUGCCUCUUCUACCUGGCUGGACUCAAGGAGCAAAGUGUCUUCAACUUCUGCGCCAUUCCUCAGACAAUGGCUAUCGCAACGCUCGAGCUGUGCUUCCAGAACCCUAACAUCUUCGAAAAGAACGUCAAAAUCACCAAGGGCUCUGCUUGCAGACUUAUGGUCGAGAGCACACAAAAUCUCCAGGUCGCAUACAAUGUCUUCAAACGCUAUGCUCGCAUCAUUCACAAGCGCAACAAUCCGCAAGAUCCCAACUUCCUCGAGAUCAGUCUUGCAUGUGCAAAGGUAAGUUUUUAUCCCCCUUGGACUUCUGCGUUCAUCGCUGACGCAACAAACUCUGCANNGAUUGAGCAAUUCAUCGAAUCCAUCUUCCCUACACAGACUGCUGCCACCUACCGCCAGGGCGCUCCUGUCCCCGUCGAUGCGAGCGGUACAACCCUCACUCCUGAGGAGCAGGAGGCACAAAAGAAGCAGCAGGCUCAAGACAAGGAGGAGUUCUUCUAUAUCAUGCUGGCUGUUGGAGCCACGCUGUUUGUCAUUACCGCUAUCAUGGUAUGUACAUUUCUUCAGCCAUCAACUCCUCUUCAUCUGCUGACAAAAUCCGCANNGUUCUUCACCGCUUGGAUGAUGGGCGCACGCUUCGACAUUGCCUGGCAACAGCUUCGUAACGGUAACAUCUGGGCACCCAAGACCACAGAUGAAGCCUUGGUUGCUCGUGAUGCUUACGAUGCCGCCAAGUCGACUGUUACAGCAACUGUCAAGGCCGUCACAUCGAGUGUCAUCUCACACGGCGAGCUGUAA